CUGACUUGUCGUUAAAUAAUCUGUAUGUAUUUUACAGGACCUCUAUUAUUAUGACAUAACUUUGGAUAAGUUCGUGUAUGUACAAACAAUCGAAAUGCUAAGAAGUGUUUGUUUCAAGAAUUUCGUUCACUUCAAAGAAAAACAGUUUCUGGACUUCCAGGGUGCCGGGCCUUUUAUUUUCAUAGGCGAAAAUGGCGCAGGAAAGAGUUCUGUUUUAGAGGGAAUACGACGGUGCUUACACACAGAGUUAAGUACUUCAGUCUCGUCGUCAUUUGAGAAUGACAAGUUAUCGUAUUUUAUAUGCAUUUUUGAGACUGAACCGAUGAAGAAAGAGAAUGAUGCUGGCUCGUUAAAGAAAGAAAAUGACGCUGACCCGUUAAAGAAAAAAGGCACUGACCCGUUAAAGAAAGAGUAUGUAAUAUGCGGGGUAGUUGUUAUUCCAAAAUCUUGGGAAGAUAUGACUCUGAGAUACAAAUUUGCUAUGUACUAUCCUGAAAGGAAUAAGCCCAUGCAAAAACAUCUUCUCUGUGUAAAUACAAAAGAUGGUCGCAUACAUGUACAUGCCUUCAAGACACCGGGUUCGAAAGAAAACGUCGACUCUAAGCAAAAGUUCAUCAAGGCUAUCUUCGAAAAUACACCAGAUAUCGAUGAAUGUAUUGAGACAUUUUUGCUAUCUGAACUGGACCCCGCAAGGCCUAUCGAGGAGACUGAAAAUGAAGAUGGCCCAUUAGACUUAUUAACAAACAGGAUUGUAUUUACCUUUCCUCUCCGUUCUAUUGGUCCAUUGCAAUGGUCAGAAAGUGAGCGCAUUAGACACGAUAAACGAGAAGAAAACUAUGCUGAAGCAGAAAGAAGAUGUGAAAUUAUUAAAAGCUUCCUUAUGGAUGAGAACCAAACACGAUUUGAUAGAACCAAGGAGGGUCAAAUAUUCAAAGCAUUAACAAAGUCUGAGGCAUACAGUUUUGGGCUCAGUGAUGACAGCAGUAACAGUGACAGGCAAUUGCUUUUGAAUGGCAGUACGUUCGCCCUGCUGAAAGCCCCUGAAGGCAUUUUAGAGGCAAAAGCCUUUUCCAUUCUAAUGUCUGGUAAACAGUACAAAACAAUCAUUCUUGAAGAACCUGACAGAGGAAUGCAUCCUCAAUUUAUUGAAAGAAUGGUACACUUGAUUAAACAAUAUGAAAGCGAAAAACGUGUUAUUCUAACAACGCACAAUACGGCAUUCAUCUCACCAUGGACUUUAUCCGACUGUUUCGUUUUCAGGCAAAAUUACAACGAGUGUUGUAUAGUUUCUGGAAAGGCUAUUGCUAUGGACACCAAAAAGCCUAAAAAACAAAGAAUCUUUAUGAAAAAGUUAAGACUUCUCACAUCUGAUCAUCUGUCAGAUAUAUUAUUUGCGAAGAAAGUCCUGUUUUGUGAAGGAGAUUCAGAUUUUCUAUUCAUAACUGAACUAAAACAGCAAAUUCUUUCUGGGGAUGCCAAAACAAUAUGUAUUUUCAAAGGGGAUACAUUUGACUACAUGAAACUUGAAGACAGUCUUGUUGAACUCACAAUCGUAAAACUGAAUGGCAAAGGAAAUACUAAAUUGUGUCAAUCAGUUAGUAAGGAAAUAAAACUGGAUGCAUUUUUUCUCCUCGACAAAGAGACGGGAGGAAAGGGAGAAAAGUUUGGAGAUGACACGAAUGUUUUCAUUUGGAAAUACGGUGAUAUAGAAGACAUGGUAAUUAAAAUGUGCAUGUCCAAUGUCAAAUUGAAAAGCGAUCUUAGUGAGCAAAAUGUUACUGUAAAUCUUGACAAAUUUCAAAAGAAGAAGGAAUCAAACGAAAAACUGUUUCUGCGAGAAGAUGUUUCAAUAGCAAGCAUAAGAACAGGGGUCAAGCUUAUUUUAGAACAGUGCAAACCUGAAAGUGAUCUGGUUUCUUUCAUCAGAUUCUUGUACUUGGGAAAAGCCUAACAUUGCGCGUAAAUUCAUUUCAUAACAAGUAUGCUGUAAACUCGAAACAAUUCUAGAGAGUAUGCGACAUGUUGUUAUGUUCUUGUAAUUAAACGUGAUGCAAAUAGCUCAUGCUUAAAGUAGGUGUACUGAGAGUCAUAUUUAUUAAUGUUGUUGCCGUGUUGAGCAGUUUCGAUGCCUGUUGUUGGCUCGAAUAAACGAGUUGCAAAAUACAUAAAACUUGCCUUAACAAUCGAAAGACUUACUGGAAAGAAACAUACAUGAUGGCGAUCAAUUAUUACAGCUCAAGUUAGUUUAAGAAUAUAGAACUGUGAUAAGUAUUUUGCAUAACAGAGAAGAAAUGAAGUGAUGAGGUUAAAAACACAGACUAAGAGUAAAAAUGAUCGAUAAUGACAGAAAUGAUGGAGUGAGCUACAGAUGAUCAGAAGGCAUAUUUGAUAGUAUGCAAGAUGUACUUAAAAAUGCUUGAUAAAAAAUAAGAACACUAUGAAACAUUGAAGCUGGGAAGAAAACAGAAUAAUGCAAGACUCAAUAAUAAGAGAAAAAUGUCUUAUUCGAAUCAAGAUAUAAGAUUAAAAGCGAUUUCAGUUAAGCAAGUGGUAUAAUUGCAUUGUAUCCCUAAAGUAAACGACUCGAUUAAAUAUUGAUAUUAACGUUUCAUAUACUAAUAGUUUAUUUUCAAUCAUUGCAUUGUAUUAAUGACAUUGACAGCAUGUUGGAAAAAAACGGAUGGACAUUUUAAAUUUAUAUAUCAAAUUAUUUGUUUCAUUGUCUUAACCAGCUUUUAUUAAGUAACCGCUUACAUAUGAUGUAAUAUUUUUUUUUAUCUUUCAGUUAAUGUUUUUGUCCUUAUUGGAAUAUGAAUGUUGAGGUAUAUCCUAUUUUGAAUGUCAACACAGGUAAUAACAGUUCAUAUUGUGUACGUGUCAUACUCGUAUAAGGACAUUUUCAAGAACAGCCUUGCAAUCCACUGCAUUUAUAUCGAAGAAUCACAAGAAUAUAUUCAGUCAUGUAGUUAUAACAUUUUCUCCACAUUCUUUCCGCGCAGACACUUGCUGACAUAUCAAAGCUUCAUGUAUCGAAUACCUUGAACGUUUUCCUAAUCUACAUGAUGAUUUUAUUGGUUGAUAAUUAUUAAAGGGGCAUCAAGUGUUGUUCUUUACGCGGCCUACACAGUGCGUGUUUGACCAAUGUAUACAACCAGUGCUGAACGAAUCACAUUUUAUUUGUAAUAAAGUUGCACUUUAA